CGCCCCUCGCGGGCUGUGGGGCGCGGGCGGCGGCCAGGGGCCGGCGGCGGCGGGGUCGGCAUGGCGCAGCUGGCGGAGGGCUCGGGCCACACAGCGACCGCCGGCGCCAGCAUGGACAACAACGUCCUGGCCAUCGUCAUCGCCGCCAGGGCUUCUCCAGGCGGCGGCCACGCGGCGAGAGCGGGCGGCAGGAGGAGGCCCGCGGGCCCGUCGAAACACCGGUCCUCUCGCCUCUCCCGUCUCUUGGCAGCGGUGUCCACCUCCGUCUUCAUCGUGGCGAUCCUCAUCCUGCUGCUGCUCUUGUACCACCGGGACCCCAUGUGCUGCCAGUUCCUCUGCUCCUGCCGCCUGUUCCAGACCCCCAGCCAGUAUGACCACCCCCCGCCCUACUUCCGCAGCAGCCAGCAGCUGGUGGGACCCCAGCCCGGAGCGUCCCGGCUGGAGAGCGCUGCGGAGAACCCCGGCAUGCAGGGAGACGAGCUCUUCUGUGUCGGACCCCCCAGCACGUACCAGCUCCCGCCCUGGGAGCAGCCCCGCCUGCCCAGCUACGAGAGCGUGCGGAAGAAAGAUCGCCAGCGGGAAAUCCACCAGAUGAUUGCCGACAGGUUUGGGCUGUGGGCAGAGCCUUCCCAGGAGAUGCCACCUCCUUAUGAGCAUGCUCUGAGGCAUCCUCCAGCUUUCUCAGGAACAGGAAUGAGCUCAGAGGCCUUGGACAGACAUGGUGUUCCAGACCCCCUCCAUGCCCCCCUCAGCUACCAAACUCAGCGAAACACUGCGGUGUAAGGCCUUGGCCUCAGAGUACUGCUGCUUCCUGUGCUGUCAGCAACAGAAGUGCCUGGGAUACAAUCUUCCUCCACAGGGAAUGGCCAAACCUUCGCCCAGAUCCACAGUCAGCUGAGACACAGGCAAGCCCAACCCAGCCAUCAGUGCUAUCCCUCUUGGGGCACAAGGACAGCCACAGAGCCACUGCAGAGGAACCAGGGACGUCUCCUCACUCCUCUCUGGCAAACACCAAAGUCAAAGGUGCAGCUGCUGGAGCUGCACAAGGCAAAGCCAAGGGGAAGGUCUGCUGGGCCAGAGCUCCUCAGGAGCAGCAUUUCAUACCUCUGUGAGGCAGCACUGCUGGCUGCACAAAGGCUCAGACCUCAGGCAGGGUGGUGGUGUGCUGCUUCACCCGUUUCUUUGGUUAUCAAGUGUUUUAUUGUACCUGGAUUGCUACAGGUGGAAAUCCUCACCUGUGAGUGGCAGAGGGGACGUGCUGUGGCACCAACGGCCUCUGUGACCGACAGCAGCACCCCACAGACCCCACACACAGAUCUGGAGGGGCUCCAUGGGUUAUACCCGGGUAUGGACCACCAAGAUGAACCAUGGGACUGCGUGUGCAGCAUGGGAAAGGACAGAUGCAUGGACUAACAGCUGGAGUCUGCAUGAAGACUGUGAAGCACAGGUGGACACACGUGCCUGACCCAGUUCACCUGGUCUUCUGCAGAGUAGAAAAAUUGUCUAAAUAAUGUCAACACCAGUGUCCUUACACUACUGAUUUUGAUAACCUGUUUUCUACUGCAGUCAAUGUUUCAAAUUGUUUACAAACCUGUAGAUAAAAUGAGAUCAGUUAGCUUGGGCACAACACAUUGAGGCUCCUUUAUUUUGAGCAAUACAAGCUCAAAAAUGUCACAUAAUGACUCAAAAGGAUGGAGCAUCCUGGAUGCUGCUUUAUCAUACAUCUCCAGCUGCUGAGCUGCAAGUACCAGUCCAGAUUUGGACAUCUUGCUAGGUCCCCUGAACUUGGUAAUGAGUUAGUUAGGCCUGUGAACUUGUCUCAUACGGCCAGUGAAUGUAACACUCAGAUACUUAAGUUAACCAUUGAGGUGAGUGAGGUAGAGGGAAAAAUCCAUCUUCCUGGCACACAGCAUUAGGUGCAGGUGGAAUACUGCUCUGCAGGAUUGUGAAUUAAGGCACAA